AGACACAUCCAGCACGACCCGUAGGCCCGUACCGGGUCUCAAUAACCGACGGUCUUGAGAGUAUGAUCACUGUCUGGAACUGUUGUGUUGCUACCAUGUGGUGGUGGCUAGAAUCUUUGGCGGCGACAACUCGCUCGGAAAUUUGAUGAUAACGAAAGACCUGGUCCCACCUAGCAAACCUGUUCUGGCUGCAAAGAACGUCCAAAAUGGUAGCCUGCGCUCAGUGUAGGCAAAGAAAGGUUCGAUGUGAAGGCGGCCCAGUUAGUUGCGAUGCAUGUAAGCGACUGGGGUUUCAAUGCUCCUUGGGCCUUGCUACUACCCCAAUCGCCGACGUUGGCAACCUACCGGUGGCAUCUCGAAAGCGAGGCACGCGAGCAUGUGAUGCAUGUCGUUCUCAGAGAUCGCGAUGCACAGGUGAAACUCCUAGCUGUCGCCGCUGUCGAGAGCUCAACAUUCCAUGCAACUAUACGCUUUCGGUUCGCCAAUACCGCGCUGGAGAACGUCACAAAAGAAGUCUGGUUUCUGCCGAACAAGUUAUUAACCAGUCGGGAGGGGAUGACGUCGGCAGGGCAAUGCAUGGCACGCCGACAACCGGGAGUGAGGUUACAGCGAGUCCAGAUACUUCUUCCACUGAACAUAUUGACAAAAUUCUUGGGUGCGAUCGAGCCGUCAUCCGACAACAUAUUGACGCUUAUUACGACUACAUUUACCCAGUUCCGAUUUUCAGCUUCUUGCAUCGAGCAGAAUUCUUGGGACAGUACACGGCUGGCAUUGUUUCACCAGCGCUGCUUCUUGCCGUAUGCGGUGUGUCGUCACGCUUCCUGUCAUCUGCUAGGGAACGAGCAGGCAUGAUCAAAUCAUGGAUCGAACAGGCUGAGACGAUCAUAUUCCAGAACAUGGGGAAAAUGAAUGUUUCUGAUGUUCAGGCGUUGAUGCUCCUUGAGCUGCAUUGCAUGUAUAAUCACCAGAACGGCAAAAGUUUCACGUAUAUAUCGUUGGCAGUCAGGAUGGCUUACUUACUCAAGCUGCACAAAGAGGACAGACAGCUGCCAUUUGUUGAACAGGAAUCUCGACGGAGGCUCUUGUGGUGCAUGUUUGCAUUGGAUAGACUCCAUGCUGGUGGUGUUCCGGAAUACAUCCUUCUGCCCGCGACUUCAGUACAUGUACAACUUCCGUGCCCAGAACACUUUUUCCAAAUCGACACUCCUGUCGCGACACCACACAUCCAUGAAACCCAAGCGGACAACUCCAAGCUUACACCCGCGGCGUUUUUGCUGCGUAUCUUCAACACCCGCAACCAUGUACUCCAGUAUACGAAACAACUCCUGGACGCUUCGCUUAGCCCGGAGACUUCCCUAGCACAGUUCCAAAUGCUUGAAGGAGAGCUUAGGGAGAUACACGAGUCUUUGCCCGCAGCGCUGGUAUUCAGCACACGUGCCUAUCAACUCCGGACGUUCUCUCCCGAGCGCACGACUUUCACUAUUUUACAUCUUUACUUCCACCACUGUCAUUGCGAACUUUAUCGGUUGCUCAAUCCAGGAUACCGCGAGGCUCUUCCGCAAUCGGUUAUCUACUCCAGUUCACCCGAACUUGUUGCAUACGCGCAGUCGAAAUGCCUCGAGCACGCAAUCUCCAUAGGCGAGAUCGUUGCAUCAACCUACGGUCUGGUGGAGAUCAGUCCUUAUGUCAGCGAUACAUCUUGCUUCGUUAUCUUGUAUCAGGCCUCGUGUGCUAUACUCUACGCAUGCCACCGUGACAGUCCUGCUUACGUCAUGAAACCCGAAACCGCACGGCGAUACCUAGUCGCAUUCAUCGCGACAUUGCAAAGUCUACUCUCUUACUUCCCAAGGUAUGCUAUAUACGUCAAAGACAUCCGUAAUAUGCUUCGUAGCAUCGACGAGCCGAAUGUACCGCUCCCAGCUCAGAAGGCGUCAAAUGAGGUGGAUUUCCGCGCACGUAUAGUGCCUAGCGAAGAGAACUCGGAUGAGGACAAUUUGGUCAGCGAGAUUGCGGGCUCUACUUCUAAUCUCAGAGACGAUACAGCGCAUUCUACGUCUCAGACCGCUGAGGUACCCGUUGGACCACUACCAGAACUCGUGGAAACGUCGCUUCAUACACCAUCCACCCUGGAAGAACAGGAUCAUUUAUUCGCUGAUUUGGAGACAUCUCAGUACAACAUGGACCUUGCAAUGGAUCUUGAUCAAGGCUUGCUUUGGGAUUGGGCAGAUGCUUUGGAAUCGGGCUUCAGCAUAUGAGUUCGAUUGGCGAAAGCUUGUCUCAAGCUGUUGCGGCACUCCAAGAAUACACCGUUCAUUGAAUGACAUGUGUGUGCGUCCAUUGGUGUAAUGCGCUACAUAACUUCCACCAACGGUUCAUCAUUCGAAUUUAUUUACACCCGAAGUUCUACAAAGUCUAUGCAUAACCUU